AGGAUCCAGUUCCCUCUGCGGCCCCUUAACCAGAGACACCUGCAAAGCCAACCAGGCGCGGGCUCUGUGUCGCAGGGAAACGGUCCCUCCGCAGGAAGUGCGUUGCAUUCACCGCCGUGUUCAGGCUGCUGCCUGCCGUCCGCUCUCGCCAUUGUGUCCCUUGCAAAAGCCUCCAGUUGCUGGGGCUCCGGCGCCCUGGCUGCACAAGAGAGAGGCUGAUACCGAGGAAGCAACAUACCCGCUGUUUCCCAACAAGAGCGUCUAGUUCAGAGACCCCUCCACCCUGCCCGGGACACCCUGACCGAGAGGACAGUCCUUCCCCUCCCGAAAGAGCCGGGGGGGCCACAUCUGAGGGGGAAGGCCACCCCCACAUUUCAGGGGGCACAGCGUAGAGCAAAGUGCACAACCACAGGCAAUGGGGAGCAACUGGCCUUUAAAGAGUUAAGAGCCUAGCCAGCAGGCAUCAACAGUCAGCUACCUAGUUAGUGUUGCGACAUCCACAGUCAACACUGUUUUAUCUAUCGGCUAAACUGUGCUGCAGUCAGACUAGGGCGAGGUGAAAUGGCAGAACCUGAAAAGAAAAAGAUUCAAAGGUUGUCCAGUACAAUCGAUAAAUUCUUUUUAAAGGCUGAUACCUCCGAAGAACAACACGUAUGCAUGGCUGAAUUGGUUUUAACAUACCAUGGAGUUAAACACCACCACAGCUACCAUUCUCAAGAUUGUGGAAAUAAACUGUACCCCUCCAUUUUCACUGAUUCCGAGAUCGCUUCCAAAAUUCACUGCGGAAGGAGAAAAGCGGAGGCUUUGAUUGAGAAUGUAUUAGCCCCCCAUUCAUUGAAACUGGCUGUGCAAGACAUUGGAUCAACAUCGUUCUCAAUAGUGACAGGUGCUUCUAAUAAAGGGAACACAAAAUUAUUCCCAGUUGCUGUCCGCUACUUUAAUAAAGAUAAGGGAAGCUGCACAUGUAUCAUAGGCUUUUUUGAGGAUGCAGAUGAGACAUCAGAGGCAAUUGCAAACAACUUACAAAGUUGUCUUCAAAAUGCCGGUCUGAUACAUAAUAAAAUUGUGGCAUAUGGAGCAGACAACGCAUCUGUCAAUUUUGGAAAACGCAAGUCUGUUUUGGUGCACCUAAAACGAAUGUUGGAUUUACCAAACCUUGUGCCAGAGCACUGCAGUGCUCGCAUAGUGCACAAUACAGUGAAACAUGGCUUGAAAAUGCUCUCUUAUGAUGUAGAGAACUUGGUCAUCAAGAUUUUCAGUGAAUUCUCAUCCUGUGCAAAGAAUAUUAGUGAACUUAAAGAGUUCCUUGACUUCAUGGAGACAGAAUAUUCAGAAAUCUUAUGCCAUGUACCUACACAUUUUUUGACCCUUUUCACUGCUGUCGACAGGUUACUGAAGAAUUGGCCUGCACUCAAGUCUUACUUUGUGAGCAAAGGAGAGGAAACGGUGAGCUGCGCAAUAUGGGCCUUCCUUUCUGAGCAGAAGGACACAGUAUCCGACGAUGACAUUAUUACACUUCCCGAGCUGUACAUCUACUUUGUGCACAACAUUAUGAGCCAUUUUAACAACACCAUAAAGGUUCUUGAAAGUGAUUACAUUCAGGUAACUGAAUUGUAUGCUAUAUUCAACAAGCUGAGAAGAGAGAUUCAGAUUCGACAAGAGCAAGGCUUCUAUGGAUACAAGGUGACACAGUUCUUGAAGAAACUGCUGCCUAACGAGCAGAAUAAAUUUGUUGGAGAUGCCCAACGGGUUUACACACGCAUGCUACAGUACCUGGAAAAGUGGUUUGAUUUCAGCGAAAACUCUUUCUAUAUGUUGUGUGCGCCACUUAAUCUGGAUGGACCUCUUGAACUAGACAAACUGUGUGCUUUGACUACAAACUUGGACAUUCAAGUGGACGGAGAUGAACUAUUUACAGAAAUGUGUACGUUGAAUGAUGUGCUACCAACCCUAAAGAGUUUGACAAAUGAUCCUGAAUUGACAUUGUGUCAGGAGCAACAAGAGCGCCAUCAUCGAAUCAAUGUCUCUGAGGUAUGGGUAGAAUUCUUUAAGCACUGGGAGGCCCCAAACUUACUUAAAAUUGUACAGCAUGUGCUUGCUAUACCACCCAGCAACGCAUUUGUGGAACGCAUUUUCAGUGUUAUGAAGAACUUGUGGACUGGUGAAAGGAAUCGGCUCCAAGUGGACCUGAUGAAAGCUGAGCUAUUCAUGCACUUCAACUAUAAAAUGACAUGUGCCGAGUUCGCUGGAUUUUUGAAGACAGAAGCAGCUAAAGAGCUUGUGGUGGCAGCAAGAAAAGAACAGAAGUAUAAAUCAGGUGAGGGGAUGAUUGAGAAUGUGGAAGAGAAUCCUCAGCAGGAAGAUCCUGAGCAAGUUGAAACUCAUGUUACAUUAUUAGAAAGAUCUGAAGGGACUGUGUCUUGGAGUCGGGAGCAUGGAAAAGCUGGUGGGUAUCAGCACCGGCCAGAGAGACAGCAGGGAACUCAGCCAGGGAAGAAUGUGGGUAAAUCCAUUCAAUGUGAAGGUGGUUUGAAAAAUUUUAGUAAAAACAUGAUGCACCAGAGACUCUCCAAAGGGGAGGGAAAAAACACAUGCACCGAGUGUGGGAAAAGCUUCAGUCGGAGUUUACACCUCAUUAUACAUCGCAGAACCCACACAGGACAAAGACCUCUUAAAUGUCUUCAGUGUGGGAAAAGCUUUAUUGACAACCCAACCCUGAAAAUACAUCAGAGAAUCCACAUGGGAGAAAAACCCUAUAAGUGCCCUGACUGCGGGAAAAGCUUCAGUGAGAGACCACAUCUUAUUGGCCACCAGAGAAUCCACACAGAAGCAAAAACUUUCAUAUGCUCUCAGUGUGGGGAAACCCUCUGUAACUGGUCAACCUUUCUUAGACAUGAGAGAAUCCAUACCGGAGAGAGAUCUAAACCUUAUAACUGCCUCGAGUGUGGGGAGAACUUCCGUGAUAGGUCGGGUCUGAGUAGGCAUCAGAGAAGUCACACAGGAGAGAAACCCUAUAACUGCCUGGACUGUGGAGAAAGCUUCAGUCGGCGCUCAAACCUUACCAGGCACCAAAAAGUUCACACUGGGGAGAGACCCUAUAAGUGCCUCAAGUGUGGGAAAAGCUUCAGUCGGAGAUCAACCCGCAGUAGACAUCUGAGAACCCAUUGGGGAGAAAGUGAAUAAAUGCUCUGACGAGGGCUGGUUGAAGUGAAUUAUACUGAAGCAGUUGCACCACUACAGCUAAAGUUGAGACUAGCUUCCUUUUUAACUGCUAGUUUUUCUGUAUGCUGUAAAAUCCACAUGUAGACUUGGAUUGUCUUGAAAAUUUCUGUGCUUCAUCUGGGCCAGGGGCAGAACUAGUGAUGUGAGGUUGUAGUCAUUUGGUCUAGGGGUUCCUCAGAUACAGCUCCCCCCAUAAGGAGCUGCUUUUACUAUUCAGAUAGCUCUGAAACCCUAUGCAAACUUAACCCCCAUGAAAAACAGGAAAUAUAACAUUAGAGUACAUGCUACCCCCACGACAUAACCUCAACUCUGCCCUCUGAGUGAAGUCCCAACGUACCAAUAACACACAUUAGCUCUCUACCUUUACAGAUGCUACAGAACACUUAAGGAAUCGAGCACCGAUGAGCAGUGUAGGACAGUCUGCCACCUUCUCUUGAUAGGAAAGACUCUGGUGUAGGUCAGGCCUAGUGAGCAGCUGCCACUUACAUUCAAAAACCAAGCCUACUCCACACAAACUACCCCAGAAUUGCAAAUGUUUCUAUGCCUUCACCCCUGCACUGAGGAUUCCUUGAGACAUGGUUUUCACUGACCCCGCAGUAAACCCUGGAGAUCCCAUGACAUAUGCCACCAGAUUGCUGACAGUUUCCAUGGCUAUACUCCCUUGUGCAUUUCUACUGACACAGCCUACAGAAUUCAGCACUGCAAUGAAGCAUAAUUGAUCCUUUUAAAAUACACCUGCACCUCUUCUCAUAUUACAGUGACAGCUCUGCCAGCCUGCUCCAGCUAAUCUCUUCACCAUUCAACACAGCUACGCCUCACACAGUGAAGGGAGAUGAGUGCAUGCAGAUGAAUUCUAGGAUUCAAAUCUAUGGAAUACAACACAGGCAAUGGUACAUUUUCUUAGUCCUUCAUAUCUACUUAUUAUGGCAAGACAGUUAUUGAACCAUUCUCACUGGCAAUUGCCAGCUCUAAGGGGGCAGAGUUAAGGUUGCAUUGUGGGAAUGACAUUUACCUUAAUUUCUUAGUUUUUAGAGGUGUAAGUUUAGCCACUCUCCACAUUGUAGAAGAGCACACGGCAGUGCUGGGCUACCUUAGCUCUGCCUUUACUAAAGUUUUGGACAGUUAAUAUAUUUGCUGAUUCCACAAAUGUCAUCACCGUUUGACUUUUCAGUGGCUGGUUUCCCGUUUUUUCCCAUUUUCUCUGGUGUUAGGAGACAGCGGUCAGCUCCCAUCUGCUCAGCCCUCCUCUGGCUCUGCCUGGUUUAGCAAAGAAUCUCUGAUCCUCCACUCUGCUGCCAUCCAUCUCUUUCUCAGCUGGAAUCUUCUACCUCAUCUUUCCUGGAUCCCCAGCCAGUGUCCUGUGGACUGGGUAUCUGAGGAACCUUUCAUACCCUUUAUUCAUAAAGACGCCCAGGGACCUGAGGCGAUCCAGUAUGAAGGGACUAGGGGAGACGGGUGAUGGGAAGGGAAGAGCCUGUGUUUGAGCACAGGGGGAUGGGAACUAAGGGAUUGAGUGUGUGAAUCAGCGAGUGAUGGUGAGAGCGCUGAGACUGGAGAACUUGCUGCACUAGCUGAGCACAGCUCGUCAUUACAAAGAGGAGCUGCAGCCGUAGCCAACACCCAGAGAAGAAGCUAAGACAGUAUUUGCUCAACCACAGAUGGCUCACAAUUACAGUCCAAUUCUUUCCAGCCCCCCAGGGAUAAAAUGAUUCACCACAAUCCCCACCUUGGUCUCCUAUUGCUGUGGCUGCUGCUACCACUUAUCCUCUGAAUUCCACCCUUUGACUUGAUGUCCCCCAGGUCUGACCCCAAAAUACCACAGCUGAGAACCUCCUCUUUGAAAAUCCCCUGCUUCUGUCUUCUAAGAUUUAGUUCCAGGGCCUGGUCCUGCUGUGACAGGUUGCCCCACUUAGAAUGCCACCUGAUGUGCUGAGAUCCCACAGAGCCUGCCUGUUAUGUCAGCCUGGGCAGCCUUUUUACUUGUCUUGCUGAAGCAGGCUAUUGAGCCUCCUCCAGAACACACGCAGGCAGGGCCACACCCAACUGCAGAACAACACAGACACUGAGAUCAGUUCUGGGAAGGUUCAGCUUAAGGGACUUGCCCCAGCACUCAGGUGUCCACCUCCCUUGGAGUGCAGACCUAAAGGUAUAUUAUGAAAUCUGCCUCCUCCCUCAAUGUGGAAGAAGGUAUGCAUAGCCCUUACUCCCCACCCUCUCCCAAUUGUGAAUUGUAUAAACGGGGUUACAUUAUAAACAAAAAAUAAGUUUAUUAAGUAUAAAAAAUGAGUUUUAAAUGAAUAUAAGAGAUAACAGACAGAACAAAGCCAAUUACUGAGCAAAUAAAAAAACAAAAUACCCAAGCUAAGCUCAAUAUACUUAAGAAACAGGUUACAAAAUGUAAUUUCUUAUCCUAAAUGUUAUUUUAGGCAGGUUACAAAGUUUCCGUAGUUUAGCAUUUUAGUUAUAUUUCUUUUUAGGUUCGACCCCUGUCUCAGUCUGGAUUACCCCCUUGCCUUCCCUACAGGUGUCUUUAACAGUCUUUCUUCUUGAGCAGACAGGCCAUGGAGAGGAGUCCCCACCCUUAAAUCAGAUUUACACAAGGUGGGAAUCCUUUGUUUCCCAAACUUGACCCCCCUUCCCUUUUAGUGGAAAGUUACAAGCAGUAUAAGAUAAUGUUUAGUAUCAGGUGACAAGACCACCUGACCUAGUAGUGUCACAGUUAUGUCCCAGGACAGCUCCAGGGGAGAGAGAUUAGUAUGGUCAUGGUCUUAUUGUUCCUUCCUAAUAGCCAAUCAAAUCCAUUAA